CAUCUAACCCUUGACAUUGUUGUUCCUAAUUAGAUUCUAUAUCCCUAAACGCGCAAAGCCGAAUCGCUAUCGGCCUUUUUUCCCUACCCAGAAAAAGGAACUUUCCCCUAAGAAAUAUGACCUGACCAACUGCAAACAACACGACCGUCCCGUCAGCUCCAGCCGUCAAAGAAAGUCCCCCAAAAAAAAGGAAAAGGAAAAAAAAGAGGAUGACAAAGAAGAGGAGGUUAAGGAGGAAAAGAAGAAAAAAAAAGAAGAACAAAGGGAAGGCCAAGUAUAUCAGAAAGACUGAUAAGACCAGGAAAGUGAAGGAGGCUACUGCCGAGGAUCGACGGUUGAAGAGGGCCCACCCCACUGUUGCAUUAACUCUGGGCACGUUAAAGACAUGUGUAGUUGCCAAGCUGGACUCUACUUCCGAUCCCAAUCUCAAUCCCGAGCAACUUGCUGCAACAAUUCAAGGGCUCAUUCAAUCAUUUAUUAAAAUGUUGAAUGAGGCACGGAUUCGAGCUUUCUGGGCCUGCGCCUUGUGGAUCGAUAACCUGCUUACCACUGGGCCAUCCAAUCCAGCUGAUCUCCCACAACUCCUAGAUGAAGUUCUUGAUAGCAGAGACUUUAUUUACGGCCUUGCUGCGUUGUUGUAUCACGGAGUGAUGAGUCCAUUAUCUAGGUAUAGCAGGGAAGUGAAGAAAAAAGGCGAAGGGAACGUAGCCAAGCCGUCCCAGCUCAAAGCAUACGAAAACUUCUAUGCAAAGACAGGGCUUGGUCCUUUAAACCAGAUCUAUCCCGAUUUGGUGAUCAGCAGGUCGUCUCGGAUGGUCAUGGUCCCUGUUCAAGCAGCGCUAAGGUCUCACUAUCGGAAUGCGCAGUUUGACAUAGAUAUUCCAGGCGAUGGAAGAAGUUCCAUCCAAUUCUUUUUUGAGCAAAAUGCAACUGCCAAAAAAUAUCUGGAUUUCCCUACGUCUGCUUUCCCGCCUCAGUCUCUCUGCCUAACGGAAGCCUGCCUCCUGGAUAUAUUAUGGUCUAACCCAACAGUUCGAGAGGAAAUAGCCCAAUUGUUGGAACUAAACAUGAGUACCAAGGGGGCUGCAGAGGACAAGAUCCUUAACCACAAGGGGAUAUUGUUGCAGGAGCUGUUUUCCUUGAAAGGAUACAAGGACGUUGGACUGCAAUCUGAUGAUGGCCCUAGAAGGAAACUACGGACAUCGUUCUUUACAAACGGCCUUACCCUAACACUUCUUGCCUAUGACACAUCGAAGCAAAAAAGAGGUAGGGGUUCGCAAGCUGCCCAACCUUCGGAUACUCAAAGAUCUCAAGCAGUCCAGGCUUCUUCAAGUGCUCAGCAGGGAUCCUCGUCUUCAGGCCAUGGUGCAGGUGAUGGUGGUGAUGAUGGAGACGACGACGGAAAUGAAGAUGACGAUAUCUUGCUGGGUAUCAGCGAUAUUGACUUGCUGGAAGUUGAUGAACCAUUCUUAGAUGGCGAAGAGGGAGAAGAAGCAGCUGAAGAAGGUACAUCGAGCACAAAUCCACUGUUCCCGGUGAGUCCCAGUCCCCGGCGUGAGAUCAAUUGGAAGCAGAGAUCCCGUCUCCUCGAGCAUGUAGAAGUUAAAUAUGACACCCAGGCAGCAUGCCCUCCCCCCGAAAGUACCAUUAUCAUUGGGAUCGAUCCAGGUGAGAGGUACUCGAUGACAAUUGCAAAGUUGGAUCCAAGGAAACCUAACGAACGUGAGAUCCUCCGGAUUUCUAGAGCGUACCUUUACAAACCAUCCAAGAAGUUUCAGGGCGAGCUAGAGAGGCGAAAGCUUAGAAGAGGAAUUACAGAGAUUGAAAGCAAUAUUCCGUCAUUCUCAAGGCCUACUUUAACACAGUAUUUCGCUUAUAUGAGCUUGCCGCUAAAUCAAGCUCCAUCAAGUACUGGAGGUAGUUUCUCUGGUAGUGGGGUUGGGGCCAGUAGUAGCGGUGGAGCAGGGACCGGUAGUAGCAGUGGAGUUGAGGCCAGUAGUAGUAGUGGAUCUGGGACCAGUGACGACAAUAGGGAGACUAAAUAUAGGGCGCUUGUCGAAUUCUAUAAUGACGGGUGGUUUGUUCGGAAUAGCUGGGAUAUUAGAAAAGCACAGAACGGAUGCGUUGAUUGUGUGAUUAAGGCAAUUCUGAAGCUUGCGGGCGGAAGCAAUGGAAGAAGAAGAGAUGCCAAUACGAAUGCGGUGAUCUGUAUUGGACUAGGAUCAUUCAAGACAAACCGAGGACAAGUAUCGAAGCAUGGGAUAUUGAUGAAGAAGCUUGUUGAAAAGGCAAAAUCUCUAGACUACCCCAUUGUAGGUUGUCAUGAAUACUACACAUCUGCCAAGUGUCCACGGCCUCACUGUGACAGUAUAUUGGAGAAUGUUCCUUUUCGAUCCAAGUACUGUCGAAAUUGUAAAGCAUACUUUGAUCGAGAUGCUGUUGGUGCUGAGAACAUCGCAAGGGUCUGUGAGUUGCAGAUAAGAGAGCAAAAACGACCUGCAAAAUAUAUGCCGCCGGACGGAGGAACUCAAGGCCAAGCUUCUAGCGGUAGUGGCGGCGGUGGAGGUAGUGGUGGCAGUGGUGGUGGUAGUAGCAGAUCCACAAAAAGGAAAUUUUCAGAUGAAGGAGGAGGAGGAGUAGAGGGAUCAAGACCACCGAAAGGACCUUUGCUGGGUCCAGGAGGAGGGGGAGAGACAAGCCGGCAACAACAGUAGGACACAAUCUACUACAAACAUGACUAGGCCCAGAAAGGCCUUCGUCUUAAAAA